AUGGCUUCCCAAGAUGAGGAUAUGUCCGACUUCGCUACCACAGUCCUCGAGUACGCUCCGCUGUUCUCUUUUGCCGAGCAGGAAGAAUCGCGAUCACCUCGUAGCCCGACUUGGGCACCACCAGGUGCAGCCACUCCUUUCAAUCUCGACAAGUAUUUUCCGAAGUCGCCUCUGCCUCAUCACAGGAAGAAAGCAUCGGUUCCUGCUCCGCCCGCGGCUCCCUUGCCAUGGAUCUGGCAGUGUCAUCUGUGCCGUAAUCGAUACGCUCUGGGCGUUACGCGGCGAUGUCUAUACGACGGCCACUACUAUUGCUCCGGUGAGACCAAUGUCAAGAACCUGAAAAAGAAGAGGAAAGGUCAGGCUUGCUCGAGCGAAUUCGACUACGAGGGCUGGGAUGAGUAUGGCGAAUGGCGACGGAAGGCGCUGCACAUGAUCGACAAUACUAAAGUGCUCACGCGAUGCGAAAAGUGCGACUUUCCCAGCAUGUGCCGGACACCACCCGAGCAGUAUCCCGUAAAAAUGGACAGGGUCUCACAGCCAUCGUUCGAAUUGCCAGUUGCGGAGCUGCGAGAGUCCAAUAUCCAGGUUGACUUCCAGCUGCCAUCGGCGCAAGAGCUGCUAGCGCUGGAGGAGGGUGAGAAGGAAGAGCUGCUGCGCGCCGCCGGCUCAAGUUGCGCCAAGGCCGAUAGGAGCGUGGACUUUGAGAGAAUCUUGCAGGAAGCCCAACGUCAGGAAGAUGAAGCCAAGAAGCAGAAGCAGAAGCAGAAGCAGUCGAAAAUGACAGACUACUUGAAGGGAAAGUCUAGCUCCAAGAAAGAGAAACCGGAUGACAAGCGCUCGGCGAGUGCGAACCUGACGUUGAAUCUUGAGCAGGAUAAAGCACGGAGGAGCGGUGUGUCGGAUUUUGUCAUGCCUUCGAUCGACAUCUGGGGCAAGGGCGGAAAGCGCAAGAGUCCAUGA